CUCAACACAAGUCUAACCUCAUUGGAGUCAGAACUUACAGAGGAGCCUAUACAGAUACAGAUUAUUACCUUAGCAUUGCCAGGAUAUGUGCAAGGAUCUCAGCUACGAGGAACAAGGUUGGGUUUCUACGAUGCAGAAAAAAUUCAACAUCUCCAAGCUAAAGGAUGUGGAUGUGUGUGGAGCCUAUCAGGAGAAUCUCAAGAGUACAAUUUGCGAAGAGUACAGCAGCUUGCGGAAGAAUUGUGGAGCAGAUAUGACACUUCUGAUGAACAGUGGACAGAAAUAUCCCAAGCUCUGAAGACAGCAGCUGAAUAAACGCUAAGUCACUAAACACGCAGCACAAGGGCCCUCUGGUUUGAUGAUGAUGGCUUAACCGCC